AUGGCCGAGAUUCGACGAAAGCUCGUUAUUGUCGGUGACGGCGCCUGUGGAAAGACCUGUCUGCUCAUCGUCUUCUCCAAGGGCACCUUCCCCGAGGUCUACGUCCCCACCGUUUUCGAGAACUAUGUCGCCGACGUCGAGGUUGACGGCAAGCACGUCGAGCUCGCCCUCUGGGAUACCGCUGGCCAGGAAGAUUACGACCGUCUCCGCCCUCUCUCCUACCCCGAUUCGCACGUUAUCUUGAUUUGCUUCGCCAUCGACUCGCCCGAUUCGCUUGACAAUGUCCAGGAGAAGUGGAUCUCCGAGGUUCUGCACUUCUGCCAGGGCCUUCCCAUCAUCCUCGUUGGAUGCAAGAAGGAUCUGCGCUUCGACCAGAAGACUAUUGAGGAGCUACACAAGACCUCGCAGAAGCCCGUGACACCCGAGCAGGCCGAGGAUGUGCGCAAGAAGAUUGGUGCUCAGAAGUACCUCGAGUGCUCGGCCAAGACGAACGAGGGCGUCCGAGAAGUAUUCGAGCACGCCACCCGGGCUGCUCUGUUGACCCGGAAAGAGAAGAAGACCAAGAAGUGCUUGAUCUUGUAA